AAUUUUAAUUUGUAUUCGUCGAUCAUUCAUUCAUCCGACCGCGCACGCACUAUACAGURGCAACCGCAUUGCAGUCGCAGCAGUCAUCGCGCCAACACCGUCGCCAACAUCAAGCACCACAUGCAGCUCGCACUACUACAGCGCGACACACUCAACCGUUGCUGCAUCGCGCCGCUUUUGCAUACAAGCACGCUGCAUGUUCCGAUAACAUUGUUGACACUGUUGUUGUGCACGCAUACAACCGCAGGCCGUCGUUGCACCGUACGUCGCGGUAUAAAAUUGUAGCCGACGCACUCCGCUUUAUCACAACAAUAAUAAUAAUAUAACUUCGCACGUGAAGAAUACGGUCUAGAGCGCUGCGCACGACUAGUUCGAGCAUAACGGAAGGCGACGACAGCGGCGCGUCCACGCGUUGCGGAAGCAGCAGCAGCAGCCGCUGUACAACAGUUACAAUAUAAUAUUAUAUUAUACCAUUCGAGCGGUAUUCCGCGUGCUCGUGACGAAAGCAUCAGGACGUGCGUGAGACGAGAGAUCACCGACUGCGGUGACGAUUGYGGCGAGUAGUCGCGAAAUCCGGCGCAAAUUCACCUGCACCAUCAGCUUAAGCGUUCCAAGGACAGUGACAGUAACAAUACACCACUGAGUAGCUCUAGUCACAGUGAGCGCAGUCUAUCAUCGUCACACUCGCCAUCACCGGAUUYACAACACCAGUUUUCUCUGACCAUAAACAAUUCUACCAACAACCAAAAUUUCCAACAUCAAUCCAGGAAAAGGAGUAAAAUUUCCAUUGGCAAUAGAUCAGUGAUUCCGUCCCCUAUUGAUACGCUUAGUAAAAGUAACAACUUAAACGCUGUUCACCAAAAUCUCAACGAAAAUUCAGGUGUCAAAAAAAACAAUCACUAUACAUCUAGUUCGACUGAGGAUAAAAACCAGCUCUGUUCAUCACAUACUGAAUACUCGUCGAGCUUGUGUGCGAAGGAACCAGUCAUACUUGCCACAAGAAAAGCUCAUAUAGAGAAUAACGUUGAUAAUCUUAUUAAUGAUCUGCAUGCUUCAUUUAAUAUAACUCGUAUGGUCAUUAAUAAUCAUAGAAGUUUCAUUGAAUCGAAACUUAAGCAAAUGAAUGAACAGUGUGAAAAAUUGAACAUCAGCUUGAACGAUUCUAAAUAAAAUUUAAGCCUAUCACCAUAAUUUAUCACCAUUACUUAUCAACAAACCACUUCAAUCACCAAAGCGAACCAAAUCAACUACCAGACAUUUGUCACCGGAAUAUCUAGCCACGGAGACAUCAAAAUGGAUAAUCCGGCAGCAGUAUUGUCGGAUGACGUGGUUGACUGGAGUUCACAGGCUCCAUCGACGGGCAGCAAUCAGCCCCAAACACAGCUUCGGUUAAGCGGUGGUUCCGACGGCAUCUACAGUACCAAUAUCUCAAAUAAUUCUCAACAGACACAAUCACCAACACCCCAUCAGAAACAACAAUUUCAACAGCCGACACCACAACAACACUAUAAGCGCAAUGCGUCAACUUAUUCAAUAGACAUUCCAGCAACCCUUGGAUUGAUGGUGACGAAUGGCAACCCCGCUGCCAACGAAAGAUCAACUACAUCGUCUACUAUGAAGCUGACUGAGUACUCGAGUAGCGGAAGCAGCAGCAGCAGCAACGGCGGAAGCGUCAGCGACGGGACCGCGACCGCYACAUCGUACAUCAUAUCCGGUGGCAAGGGCGAAAAGGCCGAUGGCAACGGGAUGGUCGGCGGACGACGCCGCAAAGGCGGCAAGAAGCAGCCGCGUUACGAUCCGUUCCAGAUGCGAGACAAGUCUAAGGCGACCACUGACAGCGGCGCCUUAUUGCAUCUAAUCAAGAGCAGCCUCGGCAGUGGCAUCCUCGCCAUGCCAAACGCGUUUAAAAACGGUGGGCUCAUCUUCGGACUUAUCGGCACGGCAGCCAUCGGAACGCUUUGUACACAUUGCAUAUACCUUCUGGUGCUAUGUUCGCAAACGCUUGCCCGCCGUACUCGCCGCCCUGCCCUCGGCUUUGCCGACACCGCUGCAGCCGCGUUCAGCACUGGUCCUCGCCGUUUCCGUGCCUGGGCUACGUUCGCCAGAAUUUAUACCGAUAACUUUUUUUACGCGAUACACUCUGUACACACAAUGUCGUGCAAAAAAAAAAAUGUAAUGUUCACCAUGUGGUUUAUCGUUCACGYACAGGUGGCCGACACGCACACUCCACUGGAAUGGCACAUGUCUAUCCGCGCCUGGAUCCUCGGCCUGGCCAUCCCGCUGGUGCCUCUCGGCAUCGUUCGCUCGCUCCGUCUGCUUGUCCCGUUCUCGGCCAUAGCCACCGCGUUCAUAAUGGUCGGCUUGGGAUGUACCAUGUCGUGGGUUGUGACCGGCGUCAGUCUGUUUGCCGACGAGAGUGCCCUGACGGCGGCCGUACCACUGCCGGAAAUCGGAUCCCGCCCGUGGAUCGCCCCCGUAGGCCACAUGCCCCUGUUCUUCGCCACCGUCCUGUUCGCCAUGGAGGGCAUCGGCACCGUACUCCCGAUCGAGAAUUCAAUGCGCCAUCCGCAACGGUUCCUCAAUGCUCGUCCUUGCGGAGUUUUGAACGCCGCCAUGGUGCUAGUCGUGUGCUUGUACUCGGUCGCCGGAUUCCUUGGAUAUUUGCGUUUCGGUGACGCCACUGACGGAUCGAUCACGCUCAAUCUGCCCAACGAUCUGUUCGCCGAGUCGGUGAAAAUCAUGGUGGCGCUGUCCAUACUUUUCUCUUACGGUCUGCAGUUCUGCGUGCCCAGCGAGAUUGUGUGGACCCGCCUGGAGCCAUGGUUGCGCAAGCGUCGUCAAAACGACAAGUAUUCUGCGGACACCAAGACAUCGACGUCCUGCGGUGCGGUCGUGAACACCAUCGCCGGUAGCACCAUGUCUACGGCCACCACGGUCACUACGGCCACCAUUACAUCCGUGGAUGAGAAAAAGCAGCUCGAACUCGAGUCUAACUUACAGGAGAAACCCAUGGAAGGAGCGUACUAUGUGAUGAGAGCCACCAUGAUCCUGGGAACCGUGUUUAUCGCCGCCCUGGUGCCUGAUCUGGCGCCAUUCAUCUCGCUCAUCGGUGCAGUGUUCUUCUCAAUACUGGGCCUGAUGUGUCCGGCCGUCAUCCAUCUGGUCGCGUUCUGGAACCACGGUGACGAGGACGGUGAGGACGCGGACGAUGCGACCGACUCGGAAGACGACUUGGACUUUGACGGCGACUAUUACGCGGUGGACGACGACACGGACCUGGAGGCGGUGCAGCGACAGCCACAGCGGAGGAGAAGCAGCGGCCGGUCGACACGACGCCGCCGUAAGGGCAUGAGUCGUUGGAUCGUGGCCAAGGAUGUGGCCAUCGUGUUGAUCGCGCUCAUCGCACUGGUGUCCGGCACGUAUGCGUCGCUCGUGGACAUCGUGGCGUUCUACGGAUUAGGUGGCGAGGGCGGUCACCACGUUGCCAACGCCAACGGCACCGCCGUCACUUCCGGCACCACCACUAUCGGACCGGGACCGGAAUCGGCGUUCCUGAUAGCGGCGAACGUGACACCACAAUAGAUUGGCGGACGGGAAAACAAAACAA